CAGCCCGCGCCCGGCGCACACGCAUCGCCGCGCCCUCGCGUCCCCAGCAGUAAAGUUCGGUUCAACUUUGACGCCCUGUCCCUUCCACCUCUCUGCAGGUCCUCGGUGGCCGCGGCGAAACAGGCAGAGGCGGACAUCCAAGCGCAGCCCCGGGGCCCCACGCGGCGGUCGGCGGCGAUAGCAACAGUGGCAAAGGAGCGCGCGAGUGGGCGCCAGAGGGGACGCGGAGAGCGCCUAGCCCGGAGCGCGCCUCUUGGAACUGCGCGUGGGUUCGGGUCACGCAGGGCGCCAGACCUCUGCCGCUUGAACGAGAGCUCACGCUGCAAUUGAUUGGGCCCCUCCGGGAGGGCGCGUGUGUCCCAGGGAGCGGGUGCGGAAGGCAGAAGGGCAGGAAGUCGGCGUUCUGCAGCGAGGGUGGCGCAACCGCGCGGGGACAGAGCCUUCCUUAUUUAUGUGCCUGCCAGCGCUCGUCUGCUUCCUCCGAAGACUUCAGGGAGAGUGUUCGAGCUACCAUCCCCAAGUGUGAGGACGCAGGGCUGGAUGUCAGAACAACAUGCUUAUCCAUUAAACUGCAAACUUUUCUUUUUUUAAACCCAAAGAAUAUCGGUGGCUUUUGCCCACUGCUAGAAGAAGGAGCCCAGGGCUCUUGAGAUGCAGCAGAAUCCGUAUUUAUAACCGAGCCCGGUAGUGCUAUGCAAGCCCCCUCCACUCAGUAAGUUCUCUAUCCUGUGGAUCUCGCUUUUGAGUUUUGAGAUUAGAUUGCGCGCUCUGCACUGGGUCCUGCAACCUCCAUCCUUUCAAUGCCCUGUUAUUUUUGGGACUGCUGGCCUUCCCUGGAGAUUAGAGCGGUCCUGUGUGCCAUGGGCUGUAUUCAGAGCAUCGGAGGCAAAGCCAGAGUCUUCCGGGAAGGGAUUACGGUGAUUGAUGUGAAAGCCUCCAUCGACCCCAUCCCCACCAGCAUCGACGAGUCCUCCAGCGUGGUACUCCGCUACCGGACACCCCAUUUCCGGGCCUCAGCCCAGGUGGUCAUGCCGCCCAUCCCCAAGAAAGAGACCUGGAUCGUUGGCUGGAUUCAGGCAUGCAGUCAUAUGGAGUUUUACAACCAGUACGGGGAGCAGGGCAUGUCUAGCUGGGAGCUCCCUGAUCUCCAGGAGGGCAAAAUUGAGGCCAUCAGCGACUCAGAUGGGGUGAACUACCCCUGGUAUGGCAAUACCACCGAGACCUGCACCAUUGUGGGCCCCACCAAGAGGGAUUCCAAGUUCAUCAUCAGCAUGAACGAUAACUUUUACCCGAGCGUCACGUGGGCCGUGCCCGUCAGCGAGAGUAACGUGGCCAAACUGACCAACAUCUACCGGGACCAGAGCUUCACCACGUGGCUGGUGGCCACCAACACCUCGACCAAUGACAUGAUCAUCCUGCAGACCCUGCACUGGCGCAUGCAGCUCAGCAUCGAGGUGAACCCCAACCGGCCCCUGGGCCAGCGCGCCAGGCUGCGGGAGCCCAUUGCCCAGGACCAGCCUAAAAUCCUGAGCAAGAAUGAGCCCAUCCCGCCCAGCGCCCUGGUCAAGCCCAAUGCCAACGAUGCUCAGGUCCUCAUGUGGCGGCCCAAGUACGGGCAACCGCUGGUGGUGAUCCCGCCCAAGCACCGGUAACAGCCAGGUCGCUGAGAGAACUCACGGAACAAUGUUACUGCUCAGAAGGAAACCCAGAUGCCCUCUCCGGUCAUUCAGAAAAAUACAACCAAUCUACCUUCUCCAGGGGCGGAGCUCACUGUGCUAAUAAUACCCCUGCUGGCCUCCUGGCUCUUCCGUCUGCACAGGGACGAACGUGUCCCCUCCCCUCACCCCUCCCCAGGUCACCUCUGAUCUCCUCUCCUCCCAUCACAAUCACUUGUCCACUGUCUCUGAAACACUGCGCCCCCGCCCCCCCCCACACCUUUGUGGGAUUUAGAGGCAGGGGAGGAGGCUGACCGUGAGGGGACCCAGCCCUCCCCUCCCGCCUCCCCUCUGUCUGUCCUCUGCCAUGCGGCCUUAUGUAGACUUGCUUUGCCAAACUUUUGCCUUAAGCUGAAUUUAAAGGAGAAGAGGAAAGGAAAGGCGACAGGUCUCUUCCCCGCAGGCCCUGCCUCCUUCUGCCAGAGUUGGAGACAGGGGCAGGCCCAGAGGGAGGCCCCGAGCCCCUCUUCCUGGAGAAAGCCAGCUGUUUUAUCAUGUUGUUUUGGCAGAAUCAAAACUACAGACUCUGCCCAGAGCCCCUACUCCACCUCAGUAGAGACCCUCCCUAACACCUGCCAGCGUGCCAGCUGGGCAUAGAUCCUUGACCCCUACUGUCUCUCGGUAGCCUUAACUCGCCUGGUGGGGGUAUUCUGGGAGAAGGGAGGGGCAGGUCCCAAAGUGUUAGGUCAGGGCCAGGGACUUUCAUCUUUGCCAUCUCUAGAACCUGCCCCCAGGUAUGUGGCUAUUUCUCUUCCAUUCACCUUGGUCCCAAAUGCCUGCCGGGGCGGGCCUGGGUGGGGGUGGGGGCAUUGCCACUAAAUCCUGACAGUCCCAGCUGUUUUUAAGGUCACACUUGAAUCUGGGGUUCCAGUGCCCCAGGCUGCCCAUCCGUUAGCACACUGUAAAGGAGCCUUGACAGGCUUCUGGUUCAUUCUCAGGGGAAGUGGGUCCCAGAUUCUCUGGGGGUGGGCUGCAGAUAGGUAGGCUCUGAGUGCCAGUUGGAGGGUGCUUGGGCCCCCUCCCCUCCCCGUCAUAGGUGCUCCUGGGGUGGGGAGGUCUGGGGAGCAGUCAGCCGACCCCGUUUCUUGCUGAAGAAGGAAGACCAGGCCCAGGGCUGCAGAGUCCCAUGCUUGGGAGGUGGCAGGCCAUGGUGAAACUGGUUUGACACAUACACGUGUGGUAGCCAGUCUUGGGGUCUGCUGUCUGGAGCCCUGGAACCUGGCCCCGAGUGAUGCCGAGGGUUUCUAGAAAUGCCUGCCUUGCCUGCCUGAGGGACAUUCCUUUAAGCACUCCGGCAGCUGCAUCAUCACUAGAUUCCAAUCAGUACUAAGCACAGAAAACGUGUCAUACAGGAACAGUAAAUGCUUUUGCUGCUGCUGAGCCACUUGGAGAGGAGUUGUGGUGACAGCGUGGGAAGACAUGGCUAGAUCCCAGCUCUUCCUACACCUGUGACAUAUUUCCUUCAGGGGUGCUUAAUGUCCGGUCAGUCUCAGGGUACUAGAGCUGGGGACUGCAGUCACCUGGAGUGCAGUGCUGAGCAGUGGGUGCUGAGGGCCACUUGCCACAGCUGCACCUCCUCUGGAACCUUCCUUCAGUGUGUGUGGAGUCUGUCACCUAAGCUGGAAGAGCCAAGGGGCCCCAGCCCCGCACUCUAGGACAGGACUGGCCCUUGGGGAGAGGCCCCUUCUCCUCUUGCCCUGAAGAAAGGAGACUGGGCCCUGGCGAGAGUGGAGGCUAGCCCUUGUCCUGAGCUGGGUGGUCACUAAGGUGUCUUCCUGGACACGGGGCUGGGGAGAGGAAUGACAGUAAGGGCGGCCAGAGCUGCUCUAGUAAUUCCUGAGGCCCCUUCCCCUGCAUGUCUGGCUUUGCACACCUGGCUUCUCUGGCUCCCCUGUCUCUCUACCCUGCUGGUCUGAGACAGGAUGGGGGACAGGGCGGGCGGGGAGGGAGGCGGGACUCCAGAGUGGUUCUCUUGGACUGGCUCCCUCAGCCCAUUGCCUCCUGUUGCAGACAGAUCCCAGGCUUUCUGGGGUCCCUGUCCUUCUCCAGCUGCCCCUCACACCCAUGCCUUCCCAGGCACGGACACUCACCCUUUCCAGCAAUAAGCACCAACCGUACUUGGUCAUGGAGAUACUGUGAACACAGCCCAUGGUUGCACUUACCAGCAGGCGCCAGACUCUUGAAGACAAUGUCAAAUGAACCUUUUUUUAAAAAAAAAGUUUAAAAUAAAAGAUAUAAAAGAUAAAUAAAAUUAAUUUUAAAGCA